UGCAUUGUGUGUCAUGUCAAUCUGCAAAGCAACCAGCUUUAUCUUUUUCGAGUAGUCAUUCUCAUUCUACUGCUCCUUUUGAUCUUGUGCAUUCUGAUGUUUGGGGUCCAUCUCCUACACCCACCAUGGGGGGUUCCAGGUACUUCGUGUUAUUUAUUGAUGAUCAUACUUGUUUUACCUGGAUAUACCUUAUGAAAAGUCGCUCUGAAUUAUCACAAAUUUAUAUUGAUUUUGCUACCACGGUCAAAACCCAGUUCUCUAAAAUUAUCAAAGUUUUGAGAACUGACAAUGCUACUGAAUAUCUUGGUACUAAAUUUCAAUCUUUUUUGAAAGAACAGGGUACACUGCCACAACAAUAUUGUCCUUAUACUUCUGAACAAAAUGGGCGAGCCGAACGCAAACAUAGACACAUCCUUGAUUCUGUUCGUGCUCUGCUCAUUUCAUCCUCUUGUCCAGAGCGAUUUUGGGGUGAGGCUGCUCUUACAGCUGCUUAUCUUAUUAAUCGCAUCCCAUCAUCAGUCCUUAAUAACCAGUCUCCAUAUGAGCAUCUUCAUGGUACAUCUGAUGAGCUCUACAAUGCCUCACCACAUGCUCCAACCAGUUCUGUAGAAGAUGAUCUGCCUUCUGGUAAUGCAUUAGAUAAUUUUGAGCCUUCUUCUACUUCCUCGUCUACAAAUGAGCUUGUUGUCCCAUCCUCGAGUCAUCCUACUCGGGAGUAUGGAAUCGACUAUGAAGAGACAUUUGCUCCAGUUGCUCGUCUUACAUCUGUGCGCAGUUUGCUUGCUAUCGCUGCUAUACGGAGAUGGAAAUUAUUUCAAAUGGAUGUGAAAAAUGCUUUUCUUAAUGGUGACUUAGAAGAAGAAGUUUAUAUGAAACCACCUCCUGGGCUCCACCAUCCUCCAAACAAGCAAAAACUCAAUGAAAUCUUCAAUGUGAGAAGGAUCAUACUUCAAGUACCUCCUAUAAACCCUCAGUGAGGUCUCAAUAGGGAUACCUUUUUGGCUCACAAAUACCAAAUAAGGCUCCCAAAUCCUGUCAUGCUGAGUCACUGGCAACGCACAGAGAGCCCUGUCAAAAGUCCUACGAGUUCUAGUAAUCAACUUCUGUUCUGUCAGGGUUUGCAAGUACAUUAUCCAUAUCCUGGGCAUCUUGUGCAUUGUAACAAGAGCUCUUUCAAACGUAUUGUUAAGGGUGUCAUACUUGGGGUGAGUAACGGGUAGAUUUCUAACAAUUUCAAGGCGUUCUCGCAGGUACGCAUGCCAUAGCUUGUAGCUACCAGGAAGAGCUUUAAGUGCGCGUUCAUAGAUUAUGAAACGGUUACUGAAGGGAGCUUCAGACUUAGCAAUCAGAUAACGCCACCACAACUUCAGACUAAAAGGGUUGCGUAAGA